AUGAAGUUACUUCUGCACCCAGUGCUGAGCUCAAAUACUAAUACGUUUGAAACUGACAGUUUUUUCCCCUCCUGUAUUUUCACAGCAAUAUAUAAUUUCAGCGCUACACAAACACCGCAGUUGUCCCUGCAUAUUGGUGAUGUAGUCCAUAUACUGGAAUGCUGUGAAGACUGGUACAAAGGAUACCUUGUAAGACAUAAAGGAAUCCAGGGAAUAUUUCCUAAAUCUUUUAUCCGCAUCAAGGAAAUUGCAGUCGAGAAAGGAAGAAACACAGAAAACGUAACAAAUGCCGAGAUCCCUUUGGUUCAAGAAGUUACCUGUACACUUUGGGAAUGGGGAAAUAUAUGGAAGCAGCUCUAUGUGGCAAACAGAAAGUCGCGCUUUCGGCAAGUACAAUCUAUGAUGUGCGAAUUAAUGGAAUGGAGAUCACUUCUCCUCUCAGGGACUUUGCCCAAAGACGAGCUCAAAGAACUGAAGCAGAAAGUCACUUCCAAAAUUGAUUACGGCAACAAGGUACUUGAGCUAGAUCUUAUAGUUAGAGAUGAAGAUGGAAAUAUCUUGGAUCCCGAAAAGACCAGUGUUAUCAGCCUCUUCCAUGCUCAUGAACGAGCUACUAACAAAAUCACAGAGCGAAUCAGAGAAGAGAUGUCAAAGGAUGAGUCUGAUUAUGGAACCUUCUCCCGAAACUCUUCAUCUCCCACCCAUAGCCUCUAUGUCUUCGUAAGAAAUUUUGUUUGCAGAAUAGGAGAAGAUGCUGAACUUUUCAUGUCUCUCUAUGACCCCCAGAAGCAGUCUAUUAUAAGUGAAAAUUACUUGGUGAGAUGGGGGAGUAAAGGUUUUCCUAAGGAAAUUGACAUGAUCAACAAUCUGAAAGUGGUGUUCACUGAUCUUGGAAACAAAGAUCUUGGUAAAGACAAAAUUUAUUUGAUCUGUCAAAUUGUACGGGUUGGAAGAAUGGAUGUUAAAGACUCUAACACCAAAAAAUACACACAAGGCAUCAGACGACCGUUUGGCGUGGCAGUGAUGGAUAUUACAGACAUUAUCAAAGGAAAAGCAGAAAGUGACGAAGAGAAGCAGCAUUUCAUCCCUUUUCACCCAGUGGCAGAGAAUGAGUUUUUGCAUAAUCUUCUAAGCAAAGUCACAGCAUGCAAAGGCGAUAGUGGUGGGCAAGGAUUAUGGGUAACAAUGAAAAUGCUUGUCGGAGAUAUCAAUAAGAUUAGGAAGGACUACCCUCAUCUUGUGGACAGGACAACAGUUGUUGCUAGAAAGCUUGGCUUUCCUGAAAUAAUCAUGCCAGGUGAUAUAAGAAAUGACAUCUACAUUACCCUUUUAUGGGGAGACUUGGAUAAGUAUAAUAAAACUACUCAGAGAAAUGUAGAAGUCAACAUGUGUGUCUGUGAUGAAGAAGGAAAAGUAAUACCAAAUGCAAUCUGCUUAGGAGCUGGGGACAAGCCCGUGAAUGAAUACAAAUCAGUUGUCUACUACCAAGUCAAACAGCCCCGCUGGAUGGAGACAUUAAAGGUAGCGCUGCCCAUUGAAGACAUGCAAAAAAUUCACCUGCGCUUUACAUUUAAACAUCGUUCUACGCUUGAAUCUAAAGACAAAGGAGAGAAGAACUUUGCCAUGGCAUAUGUCAAGUUGAUGAAGGAGGAUGGGACAACUCUGCUUGAUGGCUUUCACGAUUUGGCAGUCCUCAAGGGUGAUAGUAAGAAAAUAGAGGAUGCCAAUGCUUACUUGAGCCUGCCUUCCACACGCAAACUGACAGAGGUGAAAGGCUCAACCUUAAGUCGAAGUUCAAGCAGCGUAGGAGGGCUCUCAGUAAGCUCAAAAGAUGCCUUUUACAUUUCCACUCUGGUUUGCUCAACCAAGCUAACUCAAAAUGUGGAUUUACUGGGCCUUCUGAAGUGGCGUAUGAAGCCAGAGCUCUUGCAGGAAAAUUUGGAAAAACUGAAACUUGUGGAUGGGGAAGAAAUUGUGAAGUUUCUCCAGGAUACUUUAGAUGCCCUAUUUAAUAUCAUGAUGGAGCAUUCUCACAGUGACGCCUAUGACAUUCUUGUCUUCGAUGCACUGAUUUAUAUAAUAGGGCUCAUUGCGGACAGGAAAUUCCAGCAUUUCAAUACUGUAUUGGAGGCUUAUAUACAGCAACACUUCAGUGCAACUUUAGCUUACAAGAAACUAAUGGCUGUUUUGAAGAUUUAUUUGGAUACUUCCAGCAGAGGAGAACAAUGUGAACCUAUACUAAGAACCUUGAAAGCUCUGGAAUAUGUCUUCAAGUUCAUAGUUCGGUCAAGGACUCUGUUUUCCCAGCUAUAUGAAGGCAAAGAACUGACAGAAUUUGAAGAAGCUAUGAGGAAGCUCUUUGAAUCUAUCAACAACCUCAUGAAAAGUCAAUAUAAAACAACAAUUUUAUUACAGGUGGCUGCCUUGAAAUAUAUUCCAUCUGUUCUUCAGGAUGUAGAAACAGUUUUUGAUGUCAGGUUACUAAGCCAACUCUUGUAUGAAUUUUACACUUGCAUUCCACCAGAAAAGCUACAGAAGCAAAAAGUGCAAUCCAUGAAUGAAAUAGUACGCAGCAACCUCUUUAAAAAACAAGAAUGUAGAGAUAUUCUGCUUCCUGUCAUUACCGAAGAACUGAAGGAACUGCUGGAUCUAAGGGAAGAGUCGCAGCUGCUGUUCCAAGAGAAGAAGUAUUCUGUCGAAUUACUCAACAGCAUCCUAGAGGUUCUCAGCUGUCAAGAUGCAGAGUCAACUAACCAGCAUAUUCAAGAAAUAAUGGUCCAGUUGCUACGCGCCAUUAACAGGACUGUCAUUAGAAUGGGAAGAGACGACCCCUUAAUUAGUCACUUUGUGGCCUGCAUGACAGCAAUCUUGAACCAAAUGAGUGACCAACAUUACUCCUCUUACAUUGAAACUUUUCAGACAAGCUCAGAACUAGUGGACUUUUUGAUGGAAACAUUCAUAAUGUUUAAAGACCUUAUUGGAAAAAAUGUCUACCCCUUGGACUGGAUGGCCAUGAGCAUUGUGCAGAACAGGGUGUUUUUGAGAGCCAUCAACAAAUUUUCUGAGACCAUGAACCAGAAAUUUCUGGAAAAUAUGAACUUUGAAGAACAGCUGUGGAACAACUAUUUUCAUCUUGCAGUAGCUUUUAUCACCCAGGAUUCCUUGCAGCUCGAACAUUUCUCCCAUGCCAAGUGGAUUAAGAUCCUGAAUAAGUAUGGAGACAUGAGGCGUCUAAUUGGUUUUGCUAUCCGUGACAUGUGGUACAAACUUGGGCAGAAUAAAAUCCGCUUUAUUCCAGGAAUGGUUGGACCAAUCUUAGAAAUGACCCUUAUUCCAGAAGCUGUACUUCGGAAAGCGACCAUCCCAAUCUUUUUUGAUAUGAUGCUGUGUGAAUAUCAAAAAACUGGAGAAUUCAGAAAGUUUGAGAAUGAAAUUAUUUUAAAAUUGGACCAUGAAGUGGAAGGAGGCCGUGGAGAUGAGCAGUACCUGCAGUUGUUUGAGUCGAUACUCAUAGAAUGUUCUUCGCAGUACCCUCACAUUGCCAAGCCAGUUGAAACUUUCGUAAACUUGGUGAAAGGCCUUUUGGAAAAGCUAUUGGAUUACCGUGCUGUGAUGAAUGAUGAGAGCAAGGACAAUCGAAUGAGUUGCACUGUUAAUUUACUGAAUUUCUACAAGGACAUUAACCGUGAAGAGAUGUAUAUAAGGUACUUGUAUAAACUUCGGGAUCUUCAUUUGGACUGUGAGAAUUACACUGAGGCUGCAUAUACUCUUCUGCUUCAUGCAUGGCUUCUGAAAUGGUCUGAUGAACAGUGCACUCCUCAAGUCAUGCAAACAGAAUUUCAGACAUCAAAAACUCAUCGGCAACUGAAAGAACACUUGUAUGAGAAGAUAGUAGAAUACUUUGACAAGGGAAAGAUGUGGGAAGAAGCAUUAUCUUUGUGCAAAGAACUGGCAGAGCAAUACGAAAUGGAAGUUUUUGACUAUGAGCUUCUAAGCCAGAAUCUGAUACAGCAAGCCAAAUUCUAUGAAAACAUAAUGAAAAUUCUGAGGCCUAAGCCAGACUACUUUGCUGUUGGAUAUUACGGCCAAGGGUUCCCCACAUUUUUAAGGAAUAAAAUAUUCAUAUAUCGUGGUAAGGAAUAUGAGCGGAGAGAAGAUUUCCAAGCUCAAUUGAUAAGCCAUUUCCCAAAUGCUGAAAAGAUGAAUACUACUGCACCCCCUGGAGAAGGCCUCAAAAACUCUCCUGGUCAAUACAUACAGUGCUUCACAGUACAGCCAGUUUUGGAAGAACAUCCUCGAUUCAAAAAUAAGCCAGUGCCUGAUCAGAUAAUCAACUUUUAUAAAUCUAACUAUGUGCAAAGAUUCCACUAUUCAAGACCAGUGAGAAAAGGAUCUGUUGAUCCAGAAAACGAAUUUGCUUCAAUGUGGAUUGAGAGAACAUCAUUUGUCACAGCUUAUAAACUGCCUGGAAUCCUGCGUUGGUUUGAGGUCAUCUCUAUGUCACAGACAUCAAUUAGUCCUUUGGAGAAUGCCAUAGAAACAAUGUCAACGACCAAUGAGAAGAUUCUGAUGAUGAUUAAUCAGUACCAGAGUGAUGAGAAUCUUCCAAUUAACCCACUCUCCAUGCUUCUGAAUGGAAUUGUUGACCCAGCGGUUAUGGGAGGGUUUGCUAAAUAUGAGACGGCUUUCUUCACGGAUGAAUACAUCAGAGACCAUCCUGGGGAUCUGGAGAAACUAAGUAGACUCAAAGACCUGAUUGCUUGGCAGAUUCCAUUUCUUGGAGCUGGGAUUAAGAUUCAUGAGAAAAGGGUUUCAGAUAGCCUUCGUCCUUUCCAUGAACGUAUGGAAGAAUGCUUCAGGCACUUAAAGAUCAAAGUGGAGAAACAGUAUGGAGUCAGAGAAUUGCCGGAUUUUGAUGACAAGAGAGUGGGUCGGCCAACAUCUAUGCUGAGAUCGUAUCGUCAGAUGUCUAUUAUUUCAAUGAGCUCCAUGAAUUCAGACUGUGGAACACCCAACAAAAGUGCUUCAGAAAGUUUUGAACUGGAAGUCAUGUCACCAAAGGCAAUCAAGUCAGAGUCGGCGGAGAAUGUACGCCUGAUAAGCACCCUGCCUGAGGUUAAGAUGAGAAAGGGCAAGCCGCGAAUGAAGAGAAACAGUGUGGUGCUGCCAGAUGAAAAAGCAGCAUCGGAACUUCCUGACAUGAAAUGUCUGUCAAGAAAAUAUGAAUUUAUGAGUGCCACCAACCUUUCUGAACAUCUGGCUGUUCCUCAGAAAACAUCUGUUCUCAAGCAAAUGAGCUUUGCCAGCCGUUCUAUGCCAACUAUACCAGGAACAACGAUGUCAGUGUGCUACCCAUCACCUGAGGAUCCAAAUGCAUCUCAGAGGAUGAGUCAAUUAAGCACCCCUCCCAUCUUGGAACUAGACCGGAAAACUAUGAAGAAGAAGAAAGUGAACCAGUACUUCAAGACAAUAUGCAAACCCAAACAACCCGAAGAUGGGAAGCAGGCUGCUGAGCGGCACUCUGAUUUAUCCAAGGACCUAUGAAUGCAUUCUGUCAUCAGGAAGAGAAGCAACUUCC